UCCCAUACAUACAUACCCCGCCAUAUCCGCAAUUCCAUCAUCAAGAACCACAGAGUUCCGAAAGAAACCCAUAUCCGACGAACAUUGAAUUCCGUCGCCGCCGGCGCCGCCAUCCACGACAAUCCCCAACCCCGCUUCCCAACCUCAAACGGAUUCUAAGGACCUCCGUCCCACAAGCAGGCAAGCAAGCGCCCAAGAUGCAGGGCUUCAACAUGGGACGCUAUGUCCCGCCCGAAGUCGAGGGUACCAUCUCGGGCAACAAGCUCCACGGGAAGCACGCCCUCGGCGCGCGCGCCUCCAAGCUCGCCUCGUCCGGCGCCCUUACCGUCCGCUUCGAAAUGCCCUAUGCCAUAUGGUGCUCCACCUGCCCCAAGCCCACCAUCAUCGGCCAGGGCGUGCGCUUCAACGCCGAGAAGAAGCGCGUCGGCAGCUAUCACUCGACACCCGUAUGGCAGUUCCGCAUGCGCCACGCCGACUGCGGCGGCUGGAUCGAGAUUCAGACGGACCCGCAGAACACGGCAUACGUCGUCGUCUCGGGGGCAAAGAAGCGGGACACUGGGGACGAGGGUGGGAGCGUCAAGGCGCCGAGGGAGGGGGAGAUGGUCAUCAUGACGGAUGAGGAGCGCCAGAAGUUGCGCAGCAGCGCGUUCGCGAGCCUCGAGAAGACGAUACAGGACCGCGAACAGCUGGCCGAGGCGACGGAGCGCAUCGACGAGCUCGAGGACAUCUCGAAGAAGCGAUGGGACGACCCCUACGCACGCAACAAGGCGCUGCGCAAGUCAUUCCGCGCGGGACGGCAUCAGCGUGAGAAGGAUGCUGCUGUGGGUGAGACUCUGAAAGACAGGAUGAGCCUGGGCAUCGACCUCGUCCCCGCGACGGAGGAGGAUGCACGGAGGGCUAGCCUGGUGGACUUUGGGCCCGAGGACGGACACGAAGGGGAUGCGGGGCACAAGGCGCUUGCAAAGCCGCUUUUCCCUUCGACGGCGCUGGCGGCCAUGGACGGGAAGCCGAAGGCAAACGGAAAGGCACUACCCAAGGGGACGCCCAAGGCAGAGGUCCUUGCGUCCAAGAGGAGGGAGGCCAUUGUGUCCGAGAUUGUCGGAAACACGAGAAUGGCGCGGGAUCCAUUCCUUGUCGAGCCCAAGUCGGAGCGGACGCCGGUGAGAAUUUGUGGGUUGAAACGCAAGCGCGGCGUGGAUGAGGAGAAAGAAAAAGGAGAGAAGCGAAAGGUCCAGGAUGACGUUCGGCCGCGGUUACUCCCUUCCAACCCCCUGGUGGGGUAUGAUUCCGAGUCGGACUAAAGGAGUUUCGGCUGUGUGGUUUGGCGUUUGGGAGUUUAGGAUUAGAUCAAGAUACCCCGAGAUCGUCUUUACAUCAGCAAAGACGUUGAGGCUGACAACAACGGCACAUCUACAACUUAUAAAAGGCUUAUAACCCUAUGCAAGGAACUGCAGAUACA